CAAUCAGGUCGCUGCUUGCUUCUCGGCUGCACCAACAUGGCGGCUUUCUGAGUUUACGAAGAGGAAAAAAAUAGCGAAUGUGUAAAUAAACCGACUUUACGUUAAUUAGAGAUUCCGUUAGUCGUUUAAAGUGGUUGAGGUUUUGAUGAUCUGUCGUACAGAGAGAAAUAAAACAUGUCGAGUGACGGAAGUAAAAAGCAAUUCUGGAAAAGGAACACAGCGAAGGUUCCUGGCAGUAUACAACACGUUUAUGGAGCCCAGCAUCCUCCAUUUGAUCCUCUCCUACAUGCUAAUUUGAUCAAAGCUGGAAACAAGCCGCCCGUGACGAGCACACCCGGAAAGCCGAAGAAAGCCACCACAUUCCAGGAGUUCGAGAGCAUCACAAGUGAUGCGUGGGAUGUGGGGGACGACGACGAUGAGCUCCUCGCCAUGGCUGCCCAGAACCUCAACAUCGAGGUGGUGAUGGAGACGGCCAACAAGGUGAUCGAGAACCACAGCAAGCAGCAGGAGCGACGACAGCAGCAGCUUGACGAACCUCCAGGGCCAGAAGAGAAAUAUGACGAGGAGGGGCACGGCAAAGAUGAAGAAGAGAGGCUGGAGGAGGACGAGACAACCACAGAGCUGUCCUUUAGCUCGGAGCGUUUCCACCACAGCGACAGCCGGCUGGUGAAGUCCCACAGUGAAGCACCUAUCGGAUCGCCUAAGGAGAUGAGUGGCGAUCGCGCAGCGCUAUACAGACAGCAGUCGCUUCCUCACAGACCCGUCAUCCCCUUGGUGGCCCGCAUGGCUGAUCAGAACACAUCAGGAACUCCUGCCAUGACGGAGAGAGAGGCUUUUAGACUAGACAAGUUCAGACAACUUCUGGCUGGACCUAACACAGACCUCGAAGAGCUGCGGAAGUUGAGCUGGUCAGGAAUCCCACGGCAAGUGCGUCCCAUCACAUGGAAGCUUCUCUCAGGUUACCUGCCUGCCAAUGCCGAGCGCAGAGCCAGCACGCUGCAGAGAAAGAGGCAGGAGUACUUUGGUUUCAUCGAGCAGUACUACGACUCCCGCAACGACGAGCAUCACCAGGACACAUACAGACAGAUCCACAUAGAUAUUCCUCGGAUGAGUCCGGAGACUUUAGUGCUCCAGCCGAGAGUCACUGAGAUUCACAUUGACAUACCGAGAACUAAUCCUCUUAUUCCUCUCUUUCAACAAGCUUCUGUGCAAGAGAUCUUUGAGAGGAUUCUGUUCAUCUGGGCCAUCCGGCAUCCUGCCAGCGGUUAUGUCCAGGGCAUUAACGAUCUUGUCACGCCCUUCUUCGUCGUCUACAUCUUUGAGUAUAUCGAGGAAGAGGUGGAAAAUUUCGAUGUUUCCAGCUUGCAGGAAGAGGUGCUGCGGAACAUCGAGGCUGACAGCUUCUGGUGCAUGAGCAAGCUGCUGGAUGGCAUUCAGGACAACUACACUUUUGCCCAGCCAGGGAUCCAGAGGAAAGUGAAAGCUCUGGAGGAGCUGGUGAGCCGAAUUGACGAGACGAUACAUCGGCACAUGCACCACUACGAGGUGGAGUACUUGCAGUUCGCCUUCCGCUGGAUGAAUAACCUGCUGAUGAGAGAGCUUCCUCUGCGCUGCACCAUCCGACUGUGGGACACCUACCAGGCUGAGCCCGAGGGCUUCUCCCACUUCCACCUGUACGUGUGUGCUGCUUUCUUGGUGCACUGGAGGAAGGAGAUUUUGGAGGAGAAGGACUUCCAGGGCUUGAUGAUCCUGCUGCAAAAUUUGCCCACCAUGCACUGGGGCAAUGAGGAAGUGAGCGUGCUCCUGGCUGAGGCUUACAGGCUAAAGUUUGCAUUUGCAGAUGCACCCAAUCACUACAAAAGAUGAGGCUUCCAGCAGCAUGACUACUGAACCAAGACUCUCAAUGGCCCACCCUGAGGCAUCUCAUGGUCCACUAUGAGACUCAUGAUGGUCCAUCAUAAAAACUCUAAUAUCCCUGAUGGCUCCCAGCUUCCCUGUUAUUCCCUUGUAUUAUCUGAUAGCCCAUAUAAAAUUUCCUGAUAGGCCAUUCUGAGACUCCUGAUGGUUCAUCUCUGUACUCCUCAUAGCCCACCCCGAGACUCCCGUUGGACCACCCUGAGUCCCCCGAUGGCCCACCCCGAGAAUCCUAAUGGCCUCCCUUGAGACUUUUUGGCCCAUCCUGACACUUUACAAUUUUCCACCCUCAUACUCCCAACAGGCCAUUGAUCAGUUGGAAGUGGAGUGUGUUUACAUGACUCAGUGUAAAACUGUAGCCUUUUUGUUUCUUCACCCCCAGCUGUGUUCUGACUAACCCACACUCCAAGCAUCAACUACCCCCUGUCUAUGUAAUCAUGGCAAAAAAAAAAAGACGCCUUUCUCAAAAACAAGUAUCGGUAUUUUUUGUUCGUAUAAAUUUCCGUCCCUCCAACCCUUAAAAGGUUUCACAGCAAAUGUUUUGUGUAGGCUGAUAAAGUGUUACCAGUUUAUUACAAAACCCUGUGUUCUGCAAUGGUUAGAAUAGAAGUACUGACGCUGAGAGUGUGUGUGGGUGUGUGGUGACUGAGAGGAAAAUUGUCUGGCACAAAAUUUCUCAGCUACAUCAAGAGUAAUAGCUGGAAGUACACUUUUGCACUGAGCAGUCUCCAUUAGAAAUCUCCCAUACAGCUUCAGGUCAGGAGUGCGCUGCAUUAAAGGCAAUAAUGACACAUUAUUCAGACAGUAAGACAGAAUAGAGAUGCUUAUCCAUGCAUCUAGAGAACUGGCUUAAAAAAAAUGAGAAGAAAGAAAAGCAGCCUGGAAGUAGAACAAAAGGACAUUUUAUUCAAACCUAGGUCUACCUCAGGAGCCGGUCUGUGUGGCUCGGCCUGAUCAGAUGGAAUGCAGUACCUAGGCCGUUCAUCUGCCUCCAUGUCAGAACAAUAGCCAUGACGUUCAUUCCCUGAACACUCUCUUUAUUUUUUAUUUUUAUUUUUUUUAUAAAGAAGAAUAAUUAAUAUUUGCCUUAAUUUGGCUGCUGCAAUUCUGCUAGAACCAGACAUUUGCUAUCACAAGUGGCUUGUCUAUAGAAUUCUAGCCACUCCAAUUAAUUAGCCUUUCACAUGCUUAGUGGCCUGUUAUUUCAACUCUGUUUGGAGUUCAGAUCCAUACUUGUUGCAUGAUGCCAUCAUUAGUGCGUGUUCAGGGCAGAAAAGUAAGUAGUGGCAGUAUUCAAACCUUUAUUCUGCAUUCAAUCAUGUUGUCAGGCUUUUCAUUUUCCCUGCCAGUUCUUAAAUCUAAUGAUAUAUGUGAAGAGAAAGAAAAUGCACUCUGUUUUCCUAUUUUGUAUAACAUCUUGCUUAAAUCAGCUUUUUUUUUUUUUUUUUUUCGUCUUUUAUAUACUGUUUACAUGAGUCUGUUAAGUUUUGCCUAACAUCAGAAAUAGUGUAUACCAUCUCAGAUAUUUAUUUUUCUUUAACGUUGAACGUUCACUGACGGUAAGUAGGCUUGUGCUGAUAUCGCAUUUUAACCUUAUCACAGUGUUGCGUUUUAAAAUAAAUGACAAAUAAAUGCAGUGCUUCCUGCUGUGCGACAUUUUACAUGUAAUUGAGAGGUCGGUGUGUUUUCCAAGAAUGAAUCGAGUCCAAACUGAAAAACCCAUUGACUUGGAUAGAUUUAAUUACAAUCACGCUAUAGAAAUGCUUCCUACCGAUGCAGCCUCGUCUCUAAUAGCAUGCAGGGGUAGAAGGUAUUCUGAAGUGUUGUACAAUACUGUGCACAGUGAUUAUCAGCACAGGCUUACAGAGUGUUCCCACUGCACUGGGCUCUUUGCAUGGACAACACGAGAACCUUGUUAACUGACCCUCUUUGUCUGGUUACCUCACCCAUAAGACUAACGUACGAUACCCGCUAUCUGUUUCUCUCACUUUUUUUUUUUCUUACAUUGUUUUUUCUUCCCUCGGUGAGCAAUUUAAAGCAAAGCUCUCGAUAUCAGACAAGGAGAGUUUCAUGACUUUAGCCAUUAGAAACUACAGAUUUUAAAAGGGUGUAAGAAGAUUUUCUGAAAUGUUAUUGAAUUCAAAUUUGUGUACAGAACAAUGACUUUUCAAAGCUCUGUAAAUAGAGAGAAAUGUGUAAAUAAAUGCUAUAUAUGAUCAACCA